GCCUUCCCAAGAUGGCCGCCCCCGUGUCGUGCUGCUGAGGGGAGUUUCGCCGCCCGGCGCCGCAGGACAACUCCCCCCGCGUGUCGCGUCGCAGCAGGGGGCUGGGGCCGCCAUGGGCCGAGCCCGGCAGCUGGCCGGCAGCGCGCGGGCCCCGCGGGGCUAGAGGCGGCGGCGGGAGGCCCCGCUCGGAGCCGGGGCCCGACCAGGCCUCAGCGCCCCUCCGGGAGCAUCCCCACCCCCCCGGCCUGCCCGCCCCACGGUGGAGGAAGGGCCCGGCUCGUGGCCCCCGAUGGAGCCCGAGAUGCUGCAGUCGCCUCUGCUGGGGCUGGGCGAGGAGGACGAGUCCGACCUGACGGACUGGAACUUGCCCCUGGCCUUCAUGAAGAAGCGGCACUGCGAGAAGAUCGAGGGCUCCAAGUCCCUGGCGCAGAGCUGGAGGAUGAAGGACAGGAUGAAGACUGUUAGCGUUGCCUUAGUUUUGUGCCUAAACGUUGGUGUGGAUCCUCCUGAUGUGGUGAAGACAACUCCCUGUGCCCGGCUGGAAUGCUGGAUAGAUCCUCUGUCAAUGGGUCCUCAAAAAGCACUGGAAACGAUUGGUGCAAAUUUACAGAAGCAGUAUGAAAACUGGCAGCCAAGGGCGCGGUACAAGCAGAGCCUUGAUCCCACUGUGGAUGAAGUUAAGAAACUGUGUACAUCCCUGCGUCGAAAUGCCAAGGAAGAGAGGGUCCUUUUCCACUACAAUGGGCACGGGGUGCCCAGGCCAACGGUGAAUGGGGAGAUCUGGGUCUUCAACAAGAACUAUACUCAGUAUAUUCCACUAUCCAUAUAUGACCUGCAGACUUGGAUGGGCAGUCCUUCUAUUUUCGUCUAUGACUGCUCCAAUGCUGGCCUUAUUGUCAAGUCAUUCAAGCAAUUUGCACUACAGAGGGAGCAAGAGUUGGAGGUGGCUGCAAUUAACCCUAAUCAUCCACUUGCUCAGAUGCCUUUGCCCCCGUCCAUGAAGAACUGCAUUCAGCUGGCAGCAUGCGAAGCCAAUGAGCUGCUCCCUAUGAUCCCCGACCUGCCGGCUGACCUUUUCACAUCAUGCCUUACUACGCCGAUCAAAAUCGCUCUGAGGUGGUUUUGCAUGCAGAAGAGUGUCAGACUGGUGCCAGGAGUCACACUGGAUUUAAUAGAAAAGAUUCCUGGAAGACUGAAUGACAGGAGAACUCCCCUGGGAGAACUGAAUUGGAUCUUCACAGCGAUCACAGACACCAUUGCAUGGAACGUCCUGCCCAGAGAUCUCUUCCAGAAGCUCUUCAGGCAGGACCUGCUGGUAGCAAGCUUAUUCCGCAACUUCCUGUUGGCAGAAAGGAUCAUGAGGUCUUACAACUGUACCCCGGUCAGCAGCCCACGUCUACCUCCCACCUACAUGCAUGCAAUGUGGCAAGCUUGGGAUCUCGCAGUUGAUAUUUGCCUUUCCCAGUUACCAACCAUUAUAGAGGAAGGAACUGCAUUCAGGCACAGCCCGUUCUUUGCCGAGCAGCUGACGGCGUUCCAGGUGUGGCUGACAAUGGGCGUGGAGAAUCGCAACCCUCCCGAACAGCUCCCAAUCGUUCUGCAGGUGCUGCUGAGUCAGGUGCAUCGGCUGCGAGCUCUUGACUUGCUGGGAAGAUUUUUGGACCUGGGUCCCUGGGCAGUUAGCUUGGCCCUCUCUGUUGGCAUUUUCCCUUAUGUGCUGAAGCUUCUUCAGAGUUCAGCUCGGGAGCUGAGACCACUUCUCGUCUUCAUCUGGGCCAAAAUCCUUGCAGUGGAUAGUUCAUGCCAAGCUGACCUUGUGAAGGACAACGGUCACAAAUAUUUCCUUUCGGUCUUGGCAGAUCCCUACAUGCCAGCUGAACACAGAACAAUGACCGCUUUCAUUCUGGCUGUGAUUGUCAACAACUACAAUACAGGGCAGGAAGCCUGCCUCCAAGGAAACCUCAUUGCCAUCUGCCUGGAGCAGCUAAAUGAUCCGCACCCUCUCCUGCGCCAGUGGGUGGCUAUUUGCUUAGGGCGGAUCUGGCAGAACUUUGACUCGGCCCGGUGGUGCGGUGUGCGAGACAGCGCGCACGAGAAGCUCUACAGCCUCCUCUCGGACCCGAUCCCAGAGGUGCGCUGUGCUGCUGUCUUUGCACUGGGCACAUUUGUGGGCAACUCUGCUGAGCGGACUGAUCACUCCACCACCAUCGAUCACAAUGUGGCCAUGAUGCUGGCCCAGCUCAUCAAUGACGGGAGCCCCAUGGUUAGAAAGGAGCUGGUGGUGGCUUUGAGUCACCUCGUGGUUCAGUACGAGAGCAAUUUCUGCACUGUUGCCUUGCAGUUCAUGGAAGAAGAGAAGAAUUACCCUCUGCCUUCUCCAGCUGCCACAGAGGGUGGGAGCUUGACGCCAGUCAGAGAUGGUCCGUGCACUCCGCGACUGCGGUCAGUCAGCUCCUAUGGGAACAUCCGAGCGGUCACCACAGCCAGGAACCUGAACAAGUCUCUGCAGAACCUCAGCUUGAAUGAAGAACCAGCCGGAAGCUCUGUUGCCUUCUCUCCGGGGAAUCUCAGCACCAGCAGCAGCGCCAGCAGCACCUUGGGCAGCCCUGAGAACGAAGAGUACAUCCUGUCAUUUGAGACCAUUGACAAGAUGAGAAGAGUCAGCUCCUAUUCCUCGCUGAAUUCACUGAUAGGAGUUUCUUUCAACAGCGUUUACACCCAGAUUUGGAGAGUCCUCCUUCACCUGGCUGCUGACCCUUAUCCGGAUGUCUCAGACCUGGCUAUGAAAGUGCUCAACAGUAUUGCCUACAAGAUUAUGCAAGUGGGACUGGCCUGCAGACUGAAGCCACAACGGCUCUCCAAUCCAGGUGAACUAGUACAUGCAACAGUAAACGCCCGCCCCCAGCGCAUCCUUGACACCUCCUCGCUCACCCAGUCUGCCCCCGCCAGCCCUACCAACAAGGGCAUGCACAUCCACCAAGUGGGAGGGUCCCCUCCCACUGCCAGCACGAGCAGCUCCAGCCUGACGAAUGAUGUGACCAAGCAGCCGGUCAGCCGGGACAUCGCAUCUGUGAGAUCUGCGAAUGUGGGCAACAUUGGGGUCCAGUACACACCCCACUCUCACCAGUUCCCCAGGACCAGGAAAAUGUUUGACAAAGGACCGGACCAGACCACCGACGACGCCGAUGAUACCGUGGGACACAAAAACUUCAUUUCGGCCACAAUGCAGACCGGGUUUUGUGACUGGAGUGCAAAAUAUUUUGCUCAGCCUGUCAUGAAGAUUCCAGAAGAGCACGACUUGGAGAGCCAGAUCCGCAAGGAGAGAGAGUGGCGGUUUCUCCGCAACGCCCGUGUCAGGAAGCAAGCGCAGAAGAUCAUCCAGAAAGGUAUUUCACGGCUAGACGAUCAAAUCUUCCUGAACAGGAAUCCGGGUGUCCCCUCCGUGGUGAAGUUCCACCCCUUCACGCCGUGCAUAGCAGUAGCUGACAAAGACAGCAUCUGUUUUUGGGAUUGGGAGAAAGGGGAGAAGCUGGACUAUUUCCACAAUGGGAACCCUCGCUACACCAGGAUCACAGCGAUGGAGUACCUGAAUGGCCAAGACUGUUCUCUGCUCCUGACAGCCACAGAUGACGGCGCCAUCAGAGUGUGGAAGAACUUUGCCGACCUGGAGAAGAAUCCCGAGAUGGUGACAGCCUGGCAGGGCUUGUCGGACAUGCUGCCGACCACGCGAGGUCUGGCCCGAAGGGUUUCAAUCUAUCUUGACAGAAGUAAGCAGGGAGGAGCAGGAAUGGUAGUGGACUGGGAGCAGGAAACUGGGCUUCUCAUGACGUCGGGAGAUGUGCGGAUUAUCCGGAUCUGGGACACAGACAGAGAAAUGAAAGUCCAGGAUAUCCCCACAGGAGCCGACAGCUGCGUGACCAGCCUGUCCUGCGAUUCUCAUCGCUCGCUGAUCGUGGCAGGGCUCGGCGACGGCUCCAUCCGUGUCUUCGACAGGAGGAUGGCUCUGAGCGAAUGCCGCGUCAUGACCUAUCGGGAGCACACGGCCUGGGUGGUGAAAGCCUAUCUGCAGAAGCAUCCCGAAGGCAACAUCAUGAGCGUCAGCGUAAACGGUGAUGUUCGUUUCUUCGACCCCAGGAUGCCAGAGUCUGUGAAGGUCCUGCAGAUAGUCAAAGGGCUGACUGCCCUGGACAUUCACCCACAGGCCAAUCUCUUUGCCUGUACGGCUUCGUUCCCAUGGGCGCAGCUCAGCGGCUCCAUGAAUCAGUUCACCGCGAUCUACAAUGGGAAUGGUGAGCUGAUCAACAAUAUCAAAUACUACGAUGGAUUUAUGGGACAAAGAGUUGGAGCCAUCAGCUGCCUGGCUUUCCAUCCUCACUGGCCUCACCUGGCAGUCGGCAGCAAUGACUACUACAUCUCAGUCUACUCGGUGGAGAAGCGGAUCAGAUAACAGCACACGGCAGCCUGGUCGGAGAGAGGGGAGCCCCAGCAGGCAGGGCCGCGUCUCACCUGUAUUGUACAUAGUGAAACUAUCAACUUGAAUGUUUAGUGUUGGCUGCUGCUGCAACCCAUGACUUGAACACAUUUUUUUCCUUCUGACUUAGCUACUGAAUGACUUUGAGAGAGGGGGGGAAAGAGAGACAAUCUCCUAUUUUCUUUUCAGCUCUGUCGUCUCACAACUACAAAACAGGAAUGUUUACUUUGGGUUUUGGUGGUUGCUUCUCUGUUAGAAACACAGCUCCCCGGGCACGGCCGGACAGGAGGAGACAAUACCCUCGUGAGGGGCUUUUUACUCUAGUUUUUGUUCCUUUGUUCUGCCGGACCGUAGAUUGCUUAAGAAAUGAAGUCAAGACUUGCUUGCUGCUCUUUGCGUUCUGACUCAGCCCCGAGACCUCUCUGGCGGCCAUCUGCCCUGUGCUGAACAGGAGCCCUUCUGGCAGGCAGGUGGAGCCCAGUCGGUCGCCUGCGGACUAUUGACACCUGCUCUUGAGUGAUCUGUGUUUGUAAGAGAGAGACGGGAAAGAGGAAACCGUCGGCCCUACAUGCAGGCAACCCCCUGCUGCUCCCGCUCGGGGAGGGCACAGACGAAGCAAGCAGAAGAAUCUGCCUGGCAGCAAAGAGGAGCAGGUCUUGGAGGGCAGGGGGUUUUCAGGAGCUGAGAGAAUGGAUGGGAUAUGGGUGACAUCCUUAGGACGCUGAGGAAACUGCAGAGAGUCACCAGUGGAGCGCCGUGUUAAUGAGCACACACCCAUGGGAUUGAGGGGAAGGGGCAAGAGUCCUUUCUGUCUCCCUCGCUCCGCUCUUCUAGUAAUCACAGUCCUUUUACCCACGGCAAACUCCACCGACGCGUGAGACGACCUCACAGCUCUGCACAGGCAGCGAGGAGGCUCCAGACUCAUUUUACCACUGCCUUAAACCACAGGCUUUCAUCUCACUCAGACGUGCUAAUGUUCCACUAGCUAACGGACACAGAUGCUUAGACGCGUGACUGCACGCGUCCAGCUGCAUAUAUGUGUGCAUCCAAAUGCACGCCUGGUCAUGUGCAUCUGGCUAUACGUGCGUGUUUCUGUAGGAGUCGGGGCAGAUUGGUGUGCGCUGCUGUCCUGCUGUGCAUGUACGCACCUGGGCAUGGGCACACGGGUGUUAUAAUCACGAGAGAAGUGCUGCUGUCCCGCAGGGAGAGAGGGCAAGCAGCAGCUUGUUCUCCCUGGCGCCUGCCCCUGUCCUCCAGGGAAGGCUACAAUCAGACCUCCCACCCUUCCCAUGCCUGCGUGUAACAAAUGCUUCUGUCCCUCGUAAUCCACAACGCAUCUAGAGAUCAGUGUUUGGAAAGAGGCAGCCAUGUCCAAGGGAAGAUUUCCCCAUCCCAUAUGGUCUAGGUGCGACUAAACCAGGCAAGGAGACCACUGUCCCCCCCACCCCACCCCCCGCUGCAAAAAUAACCACAAGGACAAAGCUAAACGAUUCCAAUGUAGAGGACUCGCGCAGUGCUGCUUCUGGCUGCUGUCACCAUCCUGGCUGGGCAGCAGAGGCCCCAAAAAACUCCUGCUGCUGAUGAGGCCGAGGAUGACGCUAGCGUUCAUGAGAAGGGAAAAGAACAAUACCGAUCCCUCGCCUUGCAGACACCAGCUUCGCCUCGCCAGCAAAACGCGUUCCCAGCGUCGUCGCCGGUCAUGACAAGCCAGCUCAUCUCCUUCCUGGAGGCAGCAGCGUCUGGUACCCGGGCAGUCGGGCUGCACCGCGGUCUCCAAACUGACCGUUGGGUACUAAGACGACAAGCCAAAUAGCAGAGCUUCGUAGGCAGAUCUCAAUGCACUCCGUUAACAGGGUUCCUUGAGCUGUUGAGACUGAGGCAGAGGCCAAAGCAACGUGCUGCUCCCACCUUUGAGCACAAGUGUAUUCUUCUCUACACUAGAAAUGGCUGCAGGCCAUUGCAGGGACACUAUAGCAAACCCUCAAUGAGGAAAUCUACCUAAAAACCCAUUUUUCUGAUACGUGGGCUACCAAUAGUCAUGCCUCUUGAUGGCCCAUUGAGCUGCUGUUAUACACAGAUGUACGUGGCCGGCGAUCGAUGGCAGCGGUACGCGUUCUUGAACCUCUAAUGACCGCACCUCGUCCCUCUGUGUAUGGCACUGAGCUCAGGGAAUGGCCGAUGACGGGCUUGCUGGCAAGUGUUGAACCAAGAGUUGGGGAUCUCCAAUUAACUGAUUAACGUACACAGCUUAAAAACAAACCAUAGAUUUUUAACCUGUAUCAGUGUAUUUGUUUAAAGAACAAGAAGUACCUGGCAAAAUGCAAAGGUGCAUUGCGGGAAGCUGCUUUUCCUUCACACCAGCAUUCCCUGAGUGCCCCCCGCCCCCAGCCUGCACAGCCAGGAAACGUGGUUUUUAACUGACUCGGCCUGUUUAGCUUUCAUCUAAGCGUGUGCGUGUGUGUGGGCUGUAUUUUUACAGGUCUGAUGCAGAAAUUCAAUCAUGAAGUUAACCAAGGAUCUGGAGAGCAUCCUACCUAAAAGUUCACUUAUCUCUAUUUAUUUUACAAAAAGAAAAAAAAGCUAUAAAAAAAAGAAAGAUGAAAGAAAUAAACCACGCGAUUGCAAUGUGAGAGUAAAAUGAUUACAGACAAUAAAUGGUUAAUAAAAAAGAUGUGCAGAAGUG